AUGGCGGGACGAGUAACAAGUGCUCGACGACGUAUGCUGAAGGCAUGGAUAUCGAUUCAGGCGGAGUAUCAAGGACGCUACUCGGACCAGCGACUUCAGCAGCUCGGAAACUACAUGAAUGAACUGAAAGUUCCACCUUUGGCUCCACCCGAAGCCGGAGUUUACGAGAACGACGUAUUUUUCGUCCGAUCAUGGGCCGCCAUGUGCUUCAUGGGUGUGUCAGCGCUAGUGCAGAUGGUUCUCAUCCUUGCCAUCUUGGGCCUCUACCUGAUCGCCUUCCCUCUUCCGUUCGGUCUGCUUAUCGCCGGACCUCCGUUUGUGUUGGUCAUUGGCGUAUGCUUCUCGUACAUUUCCGGUCCUCGGUGGCGGGCGGACCCGUCCUUAGUACCAAUGCUCCCCUUCGUCUACCCGCUGUACAUCCUCAGCUUCGUGUCUCUUACCCGCUGGAACCAAGUGAUUUCCGUCGCUGUAUUGCCGAUAAUUCAAAUUCUCGCGAAGAACUGGAUCAAUCUCGUCAUUUUCGUUGUGGAUGUCUGCAACGCAUUGUACGUUUCGAAUGUUCUUCAGACACCAUCGUCUUGGGCGUCGACGGCGGCUGUGAUAGUAGUGGAUUUGGGCAGUUUGGGAUAUCGAUGA